AUGUAUGAACCUGGUGAAACGUUGGGGUCCAGUUUCUUCAGCACUAGUGUUCACAGCUGCCCACUGCGCACAAGACUGCCUUUUGGUGCCUUUUUGUUUGCAAAUGUGUUGGGAGAAAACGGUGCAGUUGGCCAUGUUGGUCGAUGUGACAUGAGCAAACUCAUUGAUGGUCUUUUUACUGAGAGAUUUGUCUUCUAUGACGUUGAACCUCUGGAGAGUCGCAGCGGAGGUGCAACAAAGAUACUGGAGAAUGUAGAUGUGAAGACUUCAAACAUUCAAGUCAACACACUGUCCAAUAGGACGUUGCAUAAAACUUUAGACUGGAAGUUCCGAAGUAAAUAUGGAGAUGAUGUCACUUCUUGUGCUGAAGCUAGUGCCCCGGUUCUGGUGCCUAUCAGGGGCCACCUGUGGAAGCAGGUCUCUUUUCUCACAGUCACAGCAGCAGACAUGUUGGCCUCCACAUGCUUGGCUUUCCUUCUUAUAUUUUGGGGUCCAGUUCUGGGUGGACCCCUCACGGCCCCGCACCCUAACAUCACGGACCAAGAGCUGUUCUGGGGCUCGGACCAGUACGACUUCUCCGUGGUCCUGAGUGCCUCUGGGAUGGAGUGUUUCUGGCACUUUGCACAUCAAGGAGAAAAGUUCUACCUCAACUUCAUGGUUCAGUGGGUGACAGGCGUCGGUCAGGACAGGCACCUGUCCGUCACCAUCAACGCCCCUGGUGGCCUGAUGGUGUCGACCAUCGAUGAUGCCACUGGUCAGACAAGCUUCGAGGCCAAAGAGACAGGCUUCUACCAGAUGUGCUUCAACAACUUCCACAACCGCUUCGGCACCAUGCAGGUCUUCCUCAGUUUUGGCGUCUACUACGAUGAUGACAAAGAUCCCAGCCACAGCAAGGAGGAGGAGAAGAAGAGAAAGGAGGAAGUGGCCAAAGACCUGAACAACACACUGAGUGUUAUAGAGGAGUCGACUCACAGGGUGGAGAACUACGUCUUCCACAUGUUUCGCUACUACAACUUCGGCCGCAUGAGGAAGAGCACCGACUACUACCUCCUGCUGUCCAACUCGCAGUACAUCACCUGGUGGUCCACGGCGCUCAGUUUCCUCAUCGUCACCUCCGGAUACCUGCAGCUCCUCUUCCUCAAGAGGCUCUUCAUCACGAAAACCUCCACUGAGGAUGAGAAGCCACGCUGCUGA